CACCAACUACCCCACCGCGCUCUCUCUCUCUCUCUCUCUCUGCUUCUGCCAGAUUACAAUAGUGAGAGACAGAGAAGCAUACAGAUCACACGGGAUAAAUCUACACCAACAUGAUACACUCUGUUACUUUAGUACUUUUAUCCAUUCUUUUCAUCCAAACCCACUUCCCAAUCACCGAUGCCAUCGCUGAGAUCGACGCGAUGCUGGCCCGGAACAGCCUCAUCGGAGAAGAUGAAGAGCUAAUGCCUUCGGAGAUCAGCCGGAGAGUUCUUAUGGCUCAGAAGCGGUACAUCGGGUACGAAACCCUAAGGAGGGACAUGGUUCCUUGUCAGAAACCAGGCGCCUCGUACUACGAUUGCCGAUCCGGACAAGCUAAUUCUUACGGCAGAGGCUGUGAGACCAUUACAAGGUGUGCCAGAGACACAAGUGACAUCACCACUUGAUGAAAUUUGGAAGCUUUUUGGUGUUUGUGUUGAAAAUUAAGAGGCAAAAGUAAAUGAUUUCUAUUAAGCUUUUGUACUGUUCUUGUUAUGUGUGUGUUUGAGUCUUUGACAUUAUAAUUCUAGUGUAUGUAAUCCUGCAACUGUUUGGUUAUCAAUGCUCAAUUAUUCGGAUCUAUGUUAUAUGAAGUUUUCAUGACAUUAGGUGUUUGUUUGUUGGGUGCUUAUGGCCAAAGUUAGAAGCUUUUC